GUUUAUUUUCCUCUUGUGAAGCAAAAAUUCAAUAGAGUUCAGUUUUUGAAUGUUCUUUUUAAAAUAAUAUUGGCUUCGAAUUUUCCAUUUUUACCCGUUUUAAAGCGAAAACUGAUACAUUUCCUUUAGAUGAUGCUCGAAGAAAAGUAGAUUGAAACGUCACAAAAAGCAAAACAAAAAACCCCCAUGAACCUACCGGAGGUAGUCUGCCGCUCCUGUCUGGCGGAGUUUGUCCCGCUGGUGAGUCUGUUCACGAUGUGUCCGAACCUUCCCGAUUCCGCAUCGGACGAACCCGCCGACGCAGCCCCCAUCCAGCUGAGCACGCUGUACAGCGAGCUGACACUGAUUCCGCUGGACCAGCAGUUUCCGGCGGAACCCGUUUCGUCGCAGAUUUGCUUGGAGUGCGUCGAACGGUUGAAGGAGUUUUAUCUGUUCCGGCGGAGGGCGGGGAAGUCUUACGAGGAGCUGCAGACGAAGGCGAGCAUUGCGCGGAUUAUUAGCCAGCUGGAUACGGGGAGUAGCUUGGGGAGCGUUCGGAACGACCGGUUGGAGGAGGACUUUGCGGAGGAUUUGAUAAGGGAUGAUUUGGAUAAGGAUCGGUUUAAGAGGCCGUUGGCGGCGGGGGAGCAGCGGUGUGAGGUUUGCAUGAAGGUGUUCAAGAAUAGGAAAAUGUUGGCGCGGCAUCAGGAGAUUCACGCGAGCGAGAACAAGUAUCGGUGUCGGUAUUGCUUGAAGUGGUACAAGGCCCGGAGUAGUUGGUAUAAUCAUGAGCUGAAGCAUCGGAACGCGGUGCUGAAGGAGGAACGAUUGGAGCGGGAGUUUUUGUGUGAGAUAUGCGCGAAAGAGUUCAAGACGAAGAAACAGUUGAAUGACCAUCUUGAGGUGGUUCAUCAGGGAACGAAACGCUACAAGUGUGACAUCUGUAACAAGAGUUUCACGAGGAAUGCAUCGUUGGCGGAGCACAAACUAAUUCUACACGCUGGAAUCAAUCAGUUUUCCUGCAACAUUUGUGGACGCGCGUUUGGGAAGGAGGAUUCGCUGAAGACUCACCUUUCGACGCAUUUGGGACGUCGCUUUCGGUGCGAGCUCUGCAACAAGACGUUUUUGAAGCGAGCUUUCCUGACGGCCCACGUGGCGAAGGCGCAUCCCACCGAUGAAGGUCCCAAGCCGAAUGAGUGUAAAAUUUGCCACAAAAACUUUGCCUCGUCUUCGCACCUCAAAGAUCACCUCCGUAUUCAUGAGGGGUCAAAGCCGGAAGUGUGUCGACUGUGUGGGGCGUCCUUCCGGCAGAAACAACAGCUGAAGGUGCACAUGUACCAGCAUUUGGGGAAGCCCUUCAAGUGUCAGUUCUGUACGGCCGCGUUUGGGAUUCGAGUUCGGUUGAUGAGCCACCUGGAGAAGAACCACGCGACGGAGAUGGCGAACAUGACGGUUGUGGUGCCGGAAGUGCCUAUGCAGAUGCCGCAGGACAUUAUGAACGAACCGGACUUUGGUGACGGAGCGAUCAACGAGGAGAUUUUGAACGAGAUUUGCUAUCAGAUCGACGCGAAUCAAAUCGUUCUGCAGAACAUUGAGGACGAUGGAAAUUUGAUCUACAGUAGCAACGUGUUUUUCGACGACGCCAACAAUCUACUUCCGGAUGAGCUGUACGAUUUCACCAAGCAAGGAUACACGCUGCCGGAGAAUGAAGAAAAUAAAGAUUCUUAGGAUUUCUUUC